AUGCCAUCCAGGCUGAAGCACACCCGGGAACUUUGGGGCCACAAAAUCCACGGCCAUGGCUGCAUAGGCAAGCACAGGAAGCACCCGGUUGGCCGAAGUCAUGCUGGUGGCUUGGAUCAUCACAUGAUCAACUUUAAUAAAUAUCACCCAGGUGACUUUGGGAAAGUUGGUGUGAGGCAUUACCACUUAAAGAGGAACCAGAGCUUUUGUCCAGCUGUCAACGUUGACAAACUGUGGACCCUGGUAAGUGAGCAGACACGGGUAAACGCUGCCAAAAGCAAGACUGGAGCUGCUCCUAUCACUGAUGUGGUGCGAUCGGGCUACUACAACGUUCUGGGGCAGGGAGAACUCCCAAGGCAGCCUGUCAUUGUGAAGGCCAAGGUCUUCAGCAGAAGAGCCGAGGAGAAGAUGAAGGGUGUUGGUGGGGCCUGUGUUCUGGUAGCUUGAAGCUACAAG